ACUGUCUGAUGUCGACGCAGUGUAUCAUCCAAUUCUAGAUCUAGAAUAAUUUAAAAAAAUACAUUUAUAAAUAUAAUCUAUGUAAAAUAUAACAAUUUUAGUACAGUACAGAGGUUAUUUGUACAAUUAAAGACAGACUGAACACCCUAUGCGGUUCUUUUACCAGAAGCUCUCUUCCAAGUGGUCAUUUUCUGUCAAGUUUUUUUGUUUUUUUUUACCUCAAGUGACAUGUUAUAAAAAGUUUAGGAUUCAACAGUUGGGGUAUAAAAAAGAAAGUUCUACAAUAUGUCUGUAAUUAUUCGCCUCCAGGGUUUACCCUGGACUGCAAGUGCCAUGAACAUUCGCCAUUUCUUCAGUGGGCUAAACAUUCCGGCUGGUGGAGUCCACAUCAUUGGUGGAGAUGGAGGAGAUGCUUUCAUAGCAUUCAGUUCUGAUGAUGAUGCAAGGAUGGCUAUGAAGAAGAAUAUGUGCCCUCUGAAUGGAACACCAGUGCAGUUGUUUCUCAGUAGCAAAGCAGAGAUGCAGAGUGUCAUUGAUGCAGCUAGAUCUGGAACUACAGCAACCACAGGUUCAGCCUCUCUUGCAAUGGGCACUGGAGGUCAGAGUAACAUCCCAGAACAGAGAGGCCAGCAGUUCUCUAAUAUGUAUGCUGUGGAUAACCAAAACAAUAAUGCCAAUGUAGGUCACCAAAACAGUGGCUUUUCUACAGACCUGGCCAAUCAGUGGCAGAAUUAUCAAAUGUAUGGUAAUAGAACUGAUGGCCAAGGUACAUCUCAGUUUAAUGUAUCCAACCAGAGAUCAUCUGCAGAGGAUGGUUUCUUUAUGGGGAUUCAAAAUGUAAAUGAUCAGCGAAAUCAGUUUGGAGCAGUGCAGCAGCCCAUGAAAGUGGCUGGUGAAGGCAGCACCCCAUUUCUUGACACAAAACAGCUUCAGCAAAACAUUCUUAACACUAUAGGCUUGGGAUCUAUGCCAAAGCAGACCCCAGUAGAUGUUCAAGGACAAUUAGGUGACAAGCAUAAUUUAUUUAAUGAGUCUUCAGCUGCGCCUGUAGCUAAACCUGCUGACAAUUUAGCACUUAUUAACAAUAUCUUAUCAAAGGGUCAAAGUAACUUUCCUGAUUUGAUGCCAUCUGGAAUGAAUCGUGGCUUUGUUACUAUUCCUGGACAGCUAAAUCCAGGUAUUUCAAAUGAUAAAAUUCCUAAAGAUCCUGUUAAAUCACAAUUACCUGCAGAGAAAUUUCUUGGUCAAUAUGGAGAUGAAAACAAAUCAAUGUUUGUAAAAGACGAUAGAAGUAAAGAAGUGUCUCAGUGGCAAAACAUCAACAAGUUGCCAUUUGAACAAGACAAUAAAAAUGAAAACUCUUCAGUCGGCAGAGACAAAUUUAUGACCCCAGAAAACAGACUUUUUGAUCCAUUUGUACCUCGAGGUCCUUCUACAGAGAGGAUGAACAGAGGUCCUGAAAUUGCAUUGGAACAAGGUAUGGCAGCACCAGAUAUGUCAUUUGCCUCAAGAAUGGUAGGACGAUUCCCAAUGGAUACAGAACAAAGCAGUAGAAUUGCAGAAAGACCUUCUGAAAGAUAUAAUGAAAAUGUGCGCUCAGCCCCUGAAGAUUCAAUGCCUAGUACGAGAUAUCCACCAGAUGAUGAAGCUGAUCUUUCAGUAAUGGAACCCAGACAAGGUCGAUUUCCUCCACUAAGAGGUAGACCUGAUGAAAGAUUCCCAAAUGAUGAAAGACAUUUUCCUCCUCAACAAGGGGAUCAAAGAUUUCCUCCUGAAGAGGUCAGAUUACAAAACAAAGGCCCUGGUUUCACAGAAGGAUUCCCUGAAGGGGGCAGAAAUUUCCCUCCUAGGGGCUUUGAUAACCAGUUUCCAUCAGAUAGCCAAAGAUUUGGCCCAGAAAGUAGACGAUUUCCUCCUGCAUUUGAUGGAAGAUUUCCUCCGGAAGAAACAAGGUUUCCACCUGAUAAUAGGUUUGGUAUGAUGCAAGACCAAGAAGGUUUUCUAGGAAGGCGGCCAGGUGAUAACCCUUUUCCACCAGAUGAUAUCAGGUUCAAAGAAAGAGAAGAGGAACUUAGAAAUAGAGCAGCAUUUGAAAUGUCUCGUAGACCAGAUGAGAGAUUUAUGCAUGAAGGUCAAAGAUCAAAUAUGGAAUAUGAUGAACAGAAUGAAGGACAAUUUAUUCCACCAGAUAGAAGGUUUGGGCCUGACAGAGGUUUGCAAGGAGAUAGAGAUGUUAGAGAAUAUCGAGAUUCCAUGGAAAAUCGACGUGAAAGAAUAUCUAGAUGGGAUCGUUUUGAAGAAGGAGAUAGAAACUUUCAACGACCUGGAGGACCUCGAGCACCACUACUUGAAAAUCCUGAUAUGCCAGGGCCAAGGCAAUUUGAAAGACCUCCUCCCGAUAUGAACUCAGAAGAACCAAUGGAUAUGGACCAAAGAGCAGGCAGGGGAAUGGAAGAAACAAAGGGUACAACUUUUGAAGAAAGAAGAAUGGGUAUUGGUGGACGAGGUGGACCUGGUUUUGAUGGAAGACCUGGUCCAGGGUUUGAUGGAAGACCUGGUCCAGGAUUUGAAGGAAGAACUGGCCCUGGAUUUGAUGGACGACCUGGUUUUGAUGGAAGACCUGGUCCAGGAUUCGAUGGACGACAUGGUCCAGGAUUUGAAGGAAGACCUGGAUUUGAUGGUCGGCCUGGUCCUGGAUUUGAAGGACGACCAGGCCCAGGAUUUGAAGGAAGACACGGUCCAGGAUUUGAAGGACGACAUGGUCCAGGAUUUGAUGGUCGUCCUGGUCCAGGAUUUGAAGGAAGAAUAGGUCCAGGAGUGGAUGGACGACCAGGUCCGGGAUUUGAAGGACGACCAUCUGGCCCUGGAUUUGAAGGUGCACGCGAUAAUAUAAAGGAAGGCUUUAGGGGACCUGGAAUGGAUGGAGUAAGAGGUCGAGGUUUUGAAGGUAUGAGAGGUAGAGGUUUUGAGGGAAGAGGAAGAGGUGGGCCUGUUAUAGAAGCAUCUACUAGACCAGGUGUGAAUGAUGAAAACAGAUUUGAAUAUGGUCAUAAUGCACUUAGUCGCAAUCCCUCUACAAACGAAGAUGAAUUUGGAUUGAGAGAUUUUGAUAAUCGUUUUCAGGGACCUCCUGGAAGAAGUAACUUUUUUGAAAGAAGAGGUAGAGGUGAUCCUUUCAUGAGAGGUAGACCUGGUCCAUUUGGAAGAGGUCGCGGGUUUGAUGUAGACAGAAGAUUUGAAGACAGUGGCCCUGAUGGAAGAACAGACAUUGAUGCUAGAAAUACUGUAAGACCUGAUGGCCCACCUGUGAAACCAGUCCCAGUGGACAAAGUACAAGACGCAGCAGGUAAAUCUGUAGGUGGUAAAGGUUUGUUAGGAGAUGCUCCAUCAGCUGCCAAAGAUAAUGCUGCUCCUGAAAAAAAGGAUGCUGAGCCUGCUAAAAGAGAUUAUGACCAUAGAGCUCGACGAAGUUAUGAUAGGGAGAGAGAAAGAAGAUCUUCUGAUAGAAGAGAUAGAGAUAGAGAUGAUAGAAGAUUUGAUGACAGUUAUAGAUCUAGAUACAGAUAUGAGAGAGACAGAAGGCGAUCUAGGUCACGAGAUAGGGGUAGCCGGGAUAAAGAUAGCCGCCGUAGUCGUGAUAGGUCAGCCUCAACAAGAGAUCAUGAUUCAAGAGGAUCGCCUAGAAGACAGGAGAGGUCAAGAUGUAUUUUAAUGAAAAACUUUCCAAAUACAAUUACCUAUAAAGAAGUUAGGAGAUUUUUGCAUCCAAUGGAAAUUCCUUAUGAUGGAUUAAAGCUUAUUAAUGAUGAGAAAGGGCAAAGAACUGGAGAAGUAUAUGUACAAUUCCGUCGGGGAGAAGAUCAGCCUAGAGCUUUGAGAAGAAAUGGUGAAAGAUAUGGUGGUCAAAUAAUAGCAAUUUCUCACUGUACAGAAACAGAUUUUGCCAAGGCAAUAGACUCCUAUUAUAAUAAAGAUGCUAUCAAUGUUUCUGAAAAAAGUUCAACUUCAGCCAAUAAAGCUUUUGACAGUGAUAAAGUGAGAUAUAUAGUCCAACUUCAAAAUCUCCCGCAGUCCAUCACUAAACAGGACAUAGUCCAGUUCUUUAAAGGCCUCUCUAUUGAAAACAAUGGAGAAGCAUGCUUUAUAGAAUUUGAUGCAUCUGGGGUAGCAACUGGCAAUGGCUUUGUAGAGUUUAAAAGUGAUUAUGACUAUAAAAAAGCACUUACACAGGAUGGAAGUGUUCUAGGCACAACCACAGUCAGAGUUUUCCCUGGCAAAAAAGAGGAAGCUGAUGAUCUGAAGAACAAACAACAAGAGAUGUUUCAACGAGCAGCAAUUCGUAAUUUAACUGGUGGGAAAAUUCCACAGCCUUUGAUGCAGCAGCAAAUUUCAAGACCUGGUCUAAUGGGACCUCGAGCUCCUGCAUCUACACCUGCAAACAAUCAACCUAUUAACAAGCCUUCUCCUUCAAACAUUCAAAUGACCACUAGACCAUCCACACCUUCAUCUGAUCCAUCACCAGCAACAGAUACUGUUUGUGUCCACAUACAAGGUUUACCUCUUCUGGCCACUACACAAGACAUUAGAGAAUUCUUUUCAGAAUGUCAAAUUGCAUUGCGAGGGAUUAACAUAGCUCAUGAUGGCAAGGGUAAGCCUCUCGGUGAAGGCUUUGUAGAGUUUAAAUUUAAGUCUGAUUUUGAAAAGGGCAUUAAAAAGGACAAGACUUCUUUUGGCAGGCAUAUUGUUGCAGUGAAACCUAUAUCAAAGAAAGACAUGAUUGAAAGGCUUGAAAAUGCUAGACAGAGAGGUUUGUCCCCAUCCAAAACAACCACUAUGGCCAAUGAAGAUCCUAAAAAGACUCCGGAACCAACCGCUCAACAACCAGCUCAAUCAAAUAUCCCACCAAAACCUUUGAUUCCACCACUAAUUCCAGUGCAAGUGGCUAAGCCAGUUGGCCUAACACCACCUGCAUCAGCAACACCCAACACAUCUGCUGCUGCUCCAGCAGUCAAUAAGCCUGUGCCACAGGGAGUCACUGUUACUGCAGGAGGUAGCAAGUCCAUCCCACCUGGCGUUCUUAACAAAAACUGGUUCUAUGUACGCUGUCAGAACUUUCCUCCUGAUAUCUCCAUCCAAGAAAUUCUACAUUUUUUCCAGAAUUUUAGCCCAAUUGGUGAUUCUAUUCGAUUGCACUACUCCAAUGAAGGAAAGCCCACUGGUAAUGCAGUUGUUGGGUUUGCGUCAGCAGAGGAGGCCAAAAAAGCAUUACAAUGCUUAAAUUCCAAGCCAUGUAGACAAAAUAUUGUCAGUCUUCACCCAGCUUGAUGAGGGACUGUGACCAUUUUAGAGAUUUUGAUUGAAACAGUUGUACAACUGGGAUUGAUGUGUUCAGCUUAGUCAAAGUACACCAGAUGAGGACUUGUAUUAUGCUAUAGAUAAUAAGUGAAGUUAUUGUUUGUUUUAUUGUUCACUUAGUUAUUAGUUAUCUGGUAUUACUUUGUUAUAUUUUAGAAUGUUAUAUAAAUGUAUGCUGGCUUUUUCACAAGUAUCAGUACUAAUAUUUACAGAGGUGUGAAACAGAAAAAAAAAAAUAAAGGAAUUCAAAUAUGUAUGUGUAAAUAUAUAUGUUUUUUUUUUUACUUGACUCAAUUGACUUAACUAUGGUACCAGUAAAGAUAUCUGCUCUUUUUUACUUCUUUUGUGCAAUCUUUGAGUUACGGUACUUUAAAUUUUAAUUGUUUUUGUUUUAGACCAUGUACUGUUAUAAAAAAAAACAUUUAAAUUUCUCAAAAAUUUAUCCAGUAGUUUUUAUAAAAACUAAAUACAAAAAUGCAGUAUUUUAAAAGAUUCAAUUUUUUUAAAUAUCAGACUAAAAUGUAUUCUUAAAUAUUGCACCUAAAAACUAUUUUUAGUUGAAUCCCAGAAGGAGAUGAACAUAAUCUAUAAUCUGUGCUGAAUGUGCAUGUAAUCAUGAGAAUCUUGGCUUGUGGUGAACUGGGCAAGUUUUACAAAAAUUACCAAUUUCUGUUCCUGCAAGUAUUGUUUUUAAUAGUAAUAAUAUUGAUGAUCUCUUUUUGUCUCCAUUUGAACUGAGGGAAGUUUUAAAGGAAAGAAACUUCUCUUUAAUGCUUACUAUAUGUGUAAAUCAACAUUGCUUACUUCUAAAUUUUUCUAAUUUAUAUAAUGGUGACUAUGUAGACUAUAAGAUUGCACAUUUACCAAUAAGUGUUGUACCAAUGUUCAGUUGUUUUGUGUAGAAUUAUUUCAUUUUGUUUUGUUUUCCUUUUUUUAAAAAAAACUAUGAAGUCUUGACUGAACAUUGUUAUUUAUGUUGAUAAUAUAGACACCUAACAUUUUUAAGAAUCAAUAAAUUGGUUUAUUAAUA